AAGCGUGACCGAGUGAGUGUUACAUUGACGGAUCGGAAUUAAUGCCAGGAAGAUCUGCUUAGAAAAAUGAGAACGUCUUCCACUCUGUCUGCUGUUUGCUACCUAUGGAUAAUUGCUCUGGUUUGCCUGUGUUUACCGUUUGAUUCUGUUAUUGCCCACUCGAGUGGAGCACCGACAGCUUCAUGUGCAUCCAUGUUUCCGGAUCAUGAUGGAGGAUCACCGUCCAAUGAUCCUUGCCCUUUCGAUACAGUGACCAGUCAGGUGGAGAUGUUCUCCAACGAGAGUUUGACGUUGACGAUUCAAACUACAUUGUCGUCAGGAAAGCUUUUUAAAGGAUUUCUAAUUAUGGGGUUUGACUCUGUCACGGAUCUUGUUAUUGGAACGUUUCGCACUGGCCUUAGCCAAGGACAGAGCCAAACUGUAGGGUGUUUUGAAACGUACGAUACGGCUGCCACACACAGGUCGGCCACUGGAAAAAAUUCAGUGAAGAUCGAAUGGAUUCCACCGAUAGAUUUUGAUGGUGUCGUCGUGUUCAAAACUACCUUUGUUGAAGCCAAGUUUAUGUACUGGAUAAAACAGCUUUCCCAGCAAGUGAAAAUUACGCGCUCUGAUACGACGCCCACCACAACAAUUGACCCACAGUCAACUACCGAAAAACCGGUGAUUCCAGAUGUAUACGAAGGUUGCGGGAUAUCCAAAGGAUGUAUGGCCUCUCCGGGCGGAUGCGUCGGAUCUAGGGAUUGCUCGAUGUUGACUACAUACAAGAGAGUGGAUGAUAAUCAUCUUCAACUGGAGAUCUACGGUCAGAUCUCAGGAGAUCAAUAUGUUGCUGUCGGAUUUUCAACAGAUCGAAAGAUGGGCAUAGAUAGUGUUGUUGAAUGUGCAAACUACCGGAACAAGCUUGGGGCCUAUCAAUCGUACAAUACUCCGGAUAAGAGCAAUUUAAGAGUCGAAUCGCAGUUACCAGGCUUUAACAUGACUUUGGCAGCCUUUAGCGAUGGUUUCAUUUAUUGCAACGUCUUGCACCCCAUCAGCUAUACGAUGAAUAAUGUAGCAUUUGAUUUAAGCCAACCUCAUUACCUGUUGAUGGCGACUGGACCUACCGGUGAAUAUAAUAUUCAGGAACACGACGAAGAGGAAAGUAGCAGUUCAUCCGUCGUUCUAACUAACGCUCUGUGCAUCAUGUAUUUUAAGGAGGCAUCAAGAGUGUUGAAGCAGUUGCAUGGCUCUUUCAUGAUCAUUGCUUGGAUGAUGGCUGCGUCCGCGGGCCUUUUAAUGCCCCGUUACAUGAAAAAAACUUGGGUUGGAAAGCAAUUUCUGAAAAAGGAUCUUUGGUUUGUGUUCCAUCAAGGACUGAUGGUGCUCGCAUGGUGUUUGACGGUUGUCGGUUUCAUCAUCAUCUUCGUCGAUGUUGGCGGUUGGGUAUCUGAAUCCGUGUCGGAGAAUCCACAUCCGCUAAUCGGAUGCAUCACUACUGUUUUGGCGUUUAUUCAGCCGUUUAUGGCACUUCUGAGACCCUUACCGAAUGCCCCAAACCGGUACAUUUUCAAUUGGGCUCACAUGCUCGUCGGAUACUCAGCCCACAUCCUAGCAAUUACUUGCAUCUUUCUGGCGGUCGACAUGGAAGAGGCCGAGUUACCUUAUGAGACGUACUGGAUCUUAACAACUCACAUUUGCUGCUACGUUGGCGCUCAUCUUUUAUUAACAUACUUGGCGAGAAGAGAUUACAGUGCUACAGAUAUGACUUUGAAAUCCGACGGCUCCAGAGAUGACAAGGGCUCUAAUUUUAGGAAAGGAAUUCUAGCAGGAUACGUCUGCAUUAUCGUUGGUCUUGGGGUAGCUGUUAUUGCCUUCAUUGCUGGGGCGUAGCUACUAGUUGUAUAGCAUAAUACCUUCAAUCCACACAUCAUUUAACUAUCGUUCUUGUACUAAUGUUCAAUAUCGCUUUUCCUCUUUAUUAAUUACUAACCAAUAAACUGAAUCAACUGCAACUUUUGUCGACA